GAUAAUACUAUUCCUAUGGCAUCUGUUUGGGAUAAAUCUAACCUUAAACUCUGUGAAAUCACUUAUUUACAAGAAAAUUCCUUGACGACAGACAAUCUUGAAGUAUUGGCUAAUUAUUUUAGUCUUGGUGGUGUCUCUUGGUGGGAUUAUCCUCUUGAGACUGUGUAUUCUUAUGUGCCCAAUUUCUCUAAAACGCGAGAGUAA